CAAGUUCUUCACUGGCCUCGCAACCAAAGCUUUCGAUGCCUACAUUGAUCUUCUCGAAGAAUCUGAUAUCGGGGUAUAAUGUGUCCUUACUCUUCCUACAGAUGAUGUGAUAGAUGAACAUCUCUGAAUUGGAGUAUUAUGAUACAAAUAGAGGAAUAGGUGGAGCGUGAUGCUGUGCACAAGGCAUUUAUUAUGUCGUUAUUUCGGCUGGAUACCAAGGAAUCAUUGACUGCGUCGUUUAAGCAUAUUGGGACAAGUCUUACUACUGACGGUCUACUUCGUGAAAAUUUCUUAAACUUCAUCAGAGACAAGGUGUUCCCUCUUAAAGCAGAACUGUUAAAGCCUCAAGAAGAAAUAGAAAGACAUAUGACCGACCUGAUUAAAAAGAGCCUAGGAGAUGUAUCUGGAGAAGAAUUCAAUAUGUUUAUGGAUUUCUUGCGAACUUUGAGUAUAUUUGGAGGGAAAGCUCCUCAAGAAAGAGACAGGCUGAUUUGAAUUCAAAGUUCAAUGUUUUAGAUUCAGAUCAUAUUGACAGAUAUCUAUCAUGCCUACAAAUUGCUCUGUCAAUCUUUGUGGUAUGAACUCAGACUUACUGAUAUCUCAUGAUUUUAAUAGGUUUUAGAUUCAUAUUUUAGCUCAUUAUGAUCAUUCUAGGUUGCAUUUAAGUAUUAAUAUUGCAUUUACAUGCAUAAUUGCAUAAAUAGGGGCUAAUGUGCACACUUGAGAAGUUUGGGGCGAAAUCGUAAGGCUGUUCUUGCAAGUCAUGGAGUUUGUGGCCGAUUUGAACGAAAUCCAAAACCAAGGGACCAUCUUGCAAUUACACGAGGGCUAAAUCGCACGGAUGAAAGAUUGGGGUUGAUUUGAAAGUAUAUCAUUGCACGUUCAGAAGUCUUGGGGCCAACGUGAAAAGAACUAAAACGUUGAGGACCUGUUGUGUAAAUAUGGGAGAAGUCGCCAUUGGAGCUCACGAGCUUCACGAUCUGAGGAUGGCCGCAACGAUGGAGCUCGGCGAGGCUCGAUCCCGACACGGCUUGAAUCUGAGAGCACGGUGGAGGAGCUGAGACGGCCUGGAAGAGAGAAUCCUGUGGUGGAUGGCCUCGACUCAAUCUCGGGCUUGAACCACGAGGAAGAAGAAUGCGACAUUGGUGGAGAAGCUUGGCCGCGACGGUUAACGCGAGGUGUUGACGAUGGAUGAACGACGGAUUGAGCUUGGCUGUGGCUCGGUGGUUCCGGUUCAGUGGAGAGCUUAGUGACGACGAAGCUUGAAGCGACGACCUCCGCGAGUUGUAGCCAUGGCGGAGGAGAGACGUCAGCUCAGGCGUGGUCAAGGCGAAGAAGAAGAAGUGGAGCUCGAUUCCAAGAAUCAAAGCGGGUUUGAUGCAGCAGUCGAAGGUCACUGCUGGGAAUUGAUACGGACAUUGACGCGGCUUGUGGUAACGGGUAAGAGACACCGCUCGUCAACAUGUCGAGCUUGAUGGCAGCGGCUUAGUGAAACGGGAUGAUGAACCCGCUGGGAAAAGGCCAAUGUCCCUGUCCAAUAUCGACUUGGUGGAGCGGGAUGCGAUGGCCGCGGAUGCGAUUUUGAGACGUUGACCGGUUUACUCGGGUUUGACCCGGUUUAAUUUAAUUAAACCAGUUCGAGUUUUGCCUUCUUAUAAAUAGUUUUAGCCUCCAAAAACCCUAAUUUAUCUCAUUUUCUCUCAAGACUUUGUCUAAACUUGUAAAAGCUUGAAUCUUUUUUAUAAUCUAAGGAAGUACUUCAUCUUAUAUUAGUAUUUCUCUUGCUCAUUAACAUGAUUAGCCUUGAUCCUUACAUGGGUUUAAGGUUUCUUAUGGAGAUUAGUGAGUAGUAACCUUGUGAUUCAUGGGUUAGAUAGAUUAGGAUGAUUAGGUGGAGAUUUAGGAUGUUUAUGGCUUGAUUAACAUUGUUCUAUGCUUGCUAAGUGUACUUAAUGCUAGAUUAGACUUGAUCACUCUCAUCUAGACCUUAAGCUAUUUUAAGCCCGAAAGGUGUUUGUUAAAAUGCUUGAAUGAGCUUAGUAUUGUCUUUUACAUGCUUGGCCAACGACAGUUGAUGUCCAAGGUGUUUAAGUGGUUAGUAGACUUGUGAUUCAUGCAUGCUUGAUUACGUUAGCCAACGAUAGUUGAUGUUUAAUUCAUGAUUAGCAUAGGGGUUUUUGCCACGAGAGUGGAUUAAUCUAUAUUGAAUGAGAUCUAGACCUAUAGACUUGUUGAUUGUUUUGUUUGAACAUUCUAGAUUGAACUUUGAUCACCUUAUAUCAAUUAUCAUUGCCCAUGGAUCAAUCCUUAGCAUUUGAAAGUUCUUGCACUUAUUUCUUGAUUGGAUUUGAGAUCACCUUGUUUAUAUUUCUAGGAUAUUAGCUUGUUACAAAUCAUCCAUCUUCUUGUUUGCUUAGAUUAGGAAAGUUUGUGUAUUCUUGGUGUUAUAGAUCACUAGUUCCUUGUGGAUUCGAUCCUAAAAUGCUACAAUGACAUACCAUUCGAUUGUGGUAUUGUUGGCACAUUAGGUUAAUUGGUGUGUGCUUAAACGCGUAAUCAAUUUGGCGCCGUUGCCGGGGAACUAGUAGAUUUAUCAUUAGGAUUUCAAUCUUUCUUGAGACUUAGCUUUAUUUUCUUGCUUUGUUUUUCUUUUGUAUAGUUACUAACCUUUACUUCUAGCUUUUGUUCUUGAGUGAUGGCUUCAAGCUGUUUUGAGAAGCCACAAGAAGAGGAAGAUCACAUCGAAGAUGAGCCAUAUGUGUAUGUGGAGCCACCACCCUUUGAUGCAAGUAUACUCACACCAGCACAGCUUGUGACGUUAAACGAGCUUCAGAAGAAGUACCUGGGGUCAGCAAAGACAUCCCUAGCACGAAGGAUCCGGGUGGAGCUUAUUACGGAUCAAGCAGAGCUUGAAGGAAGGGAGGUUACACAGUAUGAGUUCAAUGUUGCUUAUGACCUUAAAGAGGUAAUGUAUUGGGUUCCACCAUCCCAGCUGGAAGGUACAAGAAUUUCCACUCUAGAACUUCAACUUGAGGAACUUUGCUUGCCUUGUGGUGAGAAUAUUGCCCAUGAUCUUGAUUCUCUUGUGCUCAUAAAUGAAUGUCUUGAUCUAAUAUGUGAAACUAGGAAGCUAGAUGAGUUGAGAAUAGAAAAGCUUGCUAGAGAUCAUAUUGAAGUUUGUUUUGACAAGAACUAUCUUUGUGCUUCAAUUGAUCUUGAGUAUGAGUUUUUGAUGCUUAAUGAACCUAGACCUCUUCUUGAACUUGCUGAUUUAGGGGAUGAACUUGAUGUGGAUAUGCUCUUGCUUAGGAUAGAAAACCCCCUUGUCAAAAAUUAUCAUGAGAAUGUGAGCAUUGUGUAUUACUUGAUUGAUGGAGAUAGAGUUGACUACUUUGUUAAAACCUUGUUUGAGCCUGUAGUUGACUGUGUGUUUCCACCAUAUGCAUUUGAUUCUCAUGACCAUCUGAACCUCAAGGAGCAUUUCAUAAUUCAUGUCACAUCUUUAGUGAAGCUCUUUGAGGAAAAAUCUGUCUAUUUUCUAUGGAUAGUAGUGUGCUCCUUUGCAUACUUGGUUCCUUGUUCUUGUAGGAGAAGGACCAAAGGUGCAUUGGCUCAACCUUUUGAUACCUAUGAUUAACAAACACACAAAGUCAAGCUAGAGACUUAAAACAAGCUCACUUGGGAGGAAAUUCCAUGUUUAUCCAUUGUAUAUAUAUUUUUUUUAUCUUCUCUUUUUAGGUUAUUUAAUAAGCAUGGUUGAGAUUUUUCAGGUCAAGUCUUAUUUGCCUUGGCUGAUGUGAAGCAUUGUGACUCUAGACACUUGCCUUCUCCCCUUCAGUCCAUGUCCAUGGUGAAACAAACCCGAGGCCAAGGGUCCUCUACCACCCAAUUCAGCCAAUAACUCCAAGUAAGUGUCACUCCAACCUUGUACAUAUUUACUUUUCAUGUUUAUUUCUUUCCCUUGGAUCUCUUCUUUGAGCUUACUCUCACAUAAGGGACUGUGUGAAGUAAGUUUGGGGGAGAGUCUACUAUCUCACAUCAUUUUCUGUUUUGUUUACUUGCCAUGAGUCUCAUGCAUUGCAUUGUGAAUACUUAUUUGCAUAGAAAAUUCAUAAAAAUUUGAUUUUUUUUUUAAAAUCUUCAUGUAGUUUCACUUGAUCCAUUUGCAUCUUUAGGAUUGAGUCUAGAAGCAUUUAGAUUGCAUUCAUGCAUUGGGAGAAACCUUGUAAAGAACACAUGUCUAGAACUCAAUUUGACAUCCUAGCUAAACAUAUCAAGUAGCUUAAGCAUCUCUUGAAAAAGCUUGUAAGCUUCGAGCCUUGAAAACUCUUCUUGAAACAUGUUGUUUGCUUGAUGAUUGACAUUGUUCUUGAAACCAACUCCAAAUGAACUAUGGUUUAAUGAACUUAAUCUCUCUUGCAUAUGGGCAUUUGCAUACUUGAUCAUGGAUAUUAUACACAUUUGGGUUAUCUUUCUCUCUUUGUACCAAUCUUUGUUAACCCAAAUGGCACUUCCAUCCCCAUUAACCCUCACCAUUCUUUGAAACCAACAUUAAUUUGCUUGAGUGAGGCCUUUUAUUGAUAGUAUGUCAUGUGCAAAAUUUUGAGAGUAUUAGGAGCGACAAUGAGUUGUUCUCAUCUUUGGCUAGCAUUAAGACCUCAUUUAGGCUAGCCUCUAGGAUGGUUGUUGGGUUUGUGAGCUUAAAUUCUUUUGAUCUUGGGAUAGGGAUGUGAGUGAAAGUGAAAAGAAAUGAACCAAAAAGAGUGAGAAAAGAAAAAAAAAAGCCACUAGAGAUUAAAAAAAAAAAGCUCUUGUGUUUAUAAAUAGAAUCCCCUUUAGAAUAAAAGAAAAAAAAAACAUGAAAAGAAAAAGAAAAAAAAGCUGAGUGAAUAAAAAAGAGAAAAAAAGAAUCUCUAGUUGGUUAGAAUAAAAAAAUGAUAAUGUGUUCAUUGGGUGAGAGGUGAAGUUGAGUGUAUCUUUGGGUUUUGGGAUGAUGAAAAGAAGAAGGGUAGAGCUUGAAAUCAUUUAGGAAAGAGGUAGAAUGAUGAGAACAAAACAUUGUAUGCAUAAAUUGCUUCUUUUCUUAGAUAAGUUUUGCAUAAUGAUCUUGCUCCUAUUCUUGAGUGUGAAUCACUAUAAAAAAAUGCAUUUGAAACCCAUCUUUCUUCACAUUAGACCAUCUGCUCUCACCAAACCAAAUGAUUGAGAUCAUGUGCCCAUUUGCAAGAACUCACCUUGUAUGCUUGUUAAAUGAAUGUGAGGGUUGGCUAAAAAACUUGUUGAUUGAUGAGUAAUUGACUUGUGUUGAGGCAUAAGAGUCUUGAUAGGCCUUGAGAAGCUAGAGUGUACAAAGAGAGCUGCUCAUGCUAUUUGCUAUGUUUUUCUUAGGAUGUCAAGUUGAAAGCUAGAGAGUGUUCUUUUGGUUAAUAAGUUCCGUUUUCAAAACUUCUCCAACAUGAGUUCUUGAAAGUUUACUUGUGGACAAGUAAAGGACUAGUGUGGGGGAGUUGAUAUCUCAUGAUUUUAAUAGGUUUUAGAUUCAUAUUUUAGCUCAUUAUGAUCAUUCUAGGUUGCAUUUAAGUAUUAAUAUUGCAUUUACAUGCAUAAUUGCAUAAAUAGGGGCUAAUGUGCACACUUGAGAAGUUUGGGGCGAAAUCGUAAGGCUGUUCUUGCAAGUCAUGGAGUUUGUGGCCGAUUUGAACGAAAUCCAAAACCAAGGGACCAUCUUGCAAUUACACGAGGGCUAAAUCGCACGGAUGAAAGAUUGGGGUUGAUUUGAAAGUAUAUCAUUGCACGUUCAGAAGUCUUGGGGCCAACGUGAAAAGAACUAAAACGUUGAGGACCUGUUGUGUAAAUAUGGGAGAAGUCGCCAUUGGAGCUCACGAGCUUCACGAUCUGAGGAUGGCCGCAACGAUGGAGCUCGGCGAGGCUCGAUCCCGACACGGCUUGAAUCUGAGAGCACGGUGGAGGAGCUGAGACGGCCUGGAAGAGAGAAUCCUGUGGUGGAUGGCCUCGACUCAAUCUCGGGCUUGAACCACGAGGAAGAAGAAUGCGACAUUGGUGGAGAAGCUUGGCCGCGACGGUUAACGCGAGGUGUUGACGAUGGAUGAACGACGGAUUGAGCUUGGCUGUGGCUCGGUGGUUCCGGUUCAGUGGAGAGCUUAGUGACGACGAAGCUUGAAGCGACGACCUCCGCGAGUUGUAGCCAUGGCGGAGGAGAGACGUCAGCUCAGGCGUGGUCAAGGCGAAGAAGAAGAAGUGGAGCUCGAUUCCAAGAAUCAAAGCGGGUUUGAUGCAGCAGUCGAAGGUCACUGCUGGGAAUUGAUACGGACAUUGACGCGGCUUGUGGUAACGGGUAAGAGACACCGCUCGUCAACAUGUCGAGCUUGAUGGCAGCGGCUUAGUGAAACGGGAUGAUGAACCCGCUGGGAAAAGGCCAAUGUCCCUGUCCAAUAUCGACUUGGUGGAGCGGGAUGCGAUGGCCGCGGAUGCGAUUUUGAGACGUUGACCGGUUUACUCGGGUUUGACCCGGUUUAAUUUAAUUAAACCAGUUCGAGUUUUGCCUUCUUAUAAAUAGUUUUAGCCUCCAAAAACCCUAAUUUAUCUCAUUUUCUCUCAAGACUUUGUCUAAACUUGUAAAAGCUUGAAUCUUUUUUAUAAUCUAAGGAAGUACUUCAUCUUAUAUUAGUAUUUCUCUUGCUCAUUAACAUGAUUAGCCUUGAUCCUUACAUGGGUUUAAGGUUUCUUAUGGAGAUUAGUGAGUAGUAACCUUGUGAUUCAUGGGUUAGAUAGAUUAGGAUGAUUAGGUGGAGAUUUAGGAUGUUUAUGGCUUGAUUAACAUUGUUCUAUGCUUGCUAAGUGUACUUAAUGCUAGAUUAGACUUGAUCACUCUCAUCUAGACCUUAAGCUAUUUUAAGCCCGAAAGGUGUUUGUUAAAAUGCUUGAAUGAGCUUAGUAUUGUCUUUUACAUGCUUGGCCAACGACAGUUGAUGUCCAAGGUGUUUAAGUGGUUAGUAGACUUGUGAUUCAUGCAUGCUUGAUUACGUUAGCCAACGAUAGUUGAUGUUUAAUUCAUGAUUAGCAUAGGGGUUUUUGCCACGAGAGUGGAUUAAUCUAUAUUGAAUGAGAUCUAGACCUAUAGACUUGUUGAUUGUUUUGUUUGAACAUUCUAGAUUGAACUUUGAUCACCUUAUAUCAAUUAUCAUUGCCCAUGGAUCAAUCCUUAGCAUUUGAAAGUUCUUGCACUUAUUUCUUGAUUGGAUUUGAGAUCACCUUGUUUAUAUUUCUAGGAUAUUAGCUUGUUACAAAUCAUCCAUCUUCUUGUUUGCUUAGAUUAGGAAAGUUUGUGUAUUCUUGGUGUUAUAGAUCACUAGUUCCUUGUGGAUUCGAUCCUAAAAUGCUACAAUGACAUACCAUUCGAUUGUGGUAUUGUUGGCACAUUAGGUUAAUUGGUGUGUGCUUAAACGCGUAAUCACUUACUGAUGUGUAGUACUUGGAAAUUAUAUACUCCCUCUGUUCUACAAACAUAGAUUUUUUAGUAUUUUCACACAUAUUAAAAAAAUACAUUAAACUGCAUAAUAAAUGUAUCGUUUUCUGUAAUUUUCAGUUUUUAAUAACUUUUAACCAAUAGUAAUUCAAUAAAGUCAAUUAAUUUUUUUAAAGUUUACAAUUUUUUUCAUAGAAAACAUAAAAAAUACAUCUUUUUGAAACUUUUUUUCAUAGAAAACACAAAAGUUUACAACUUUUUGUUCUAAAAAGUAUAUCAUUAAGAAACGGAGGGAGUAGUCAAGAUGCUUUGAAACAAGAAUUUUACUAACUUCAGCUUCUUCUGAACAAAGAGGUGCUCCAGGCACCAAGUUUCUUAAAUACAUGAACACUCAUAUCCUACCUGCCAAAGUAAUUUUAUUGCCAUAAUCUCUAUAUUCUCUUUUUAUUCAUACAAAAUUUCUGCGUGUCUAUCUUCUUCCUUCUUUUGGUAAAAUCUCUUUUACUACUCCAGAAUGCUUUUUUUAUACUGACAAAAUGCUUUUUUUUUUAAUUAUCUGCCUGAGCAGAGGAAGCUUGAUUUGGUCAGAGCCUUGGCUGAGAUUUCGCCACACACAACCGCUCAGGUAGCACGUCAGAUGCUUCCCGAAAUAGUUCAACUCCUAAAGGUACUUUUAUCUCAUGAUGGCUUCACAUAUUUUAUAUGGGAUAUAUAAUAUAUUUAAUUGUUAGUGUUGUCAUUUCUCUGAUGUAUAUUCUACCCCGGGCUCAUAUUUUGAAUAUUAACACUACUUGCCUAGUUAACUUUUCUGUUAUCUUAUGAAGAUUGACACGCUCGCUUAACUUUUAGAAAUGCAUGCCUGCCAGGAAGACUGUGGAAGAGAUGAACUUCACAUAUGUGGAGUGCCUGUUGUAUAUUCUUAGCUGCUGGCCAAGUCUCUUUUUCUUUCUUCUUUUACUUAUGCGUUUCCGUUUGAACAUAUACGCUCCGAAUGCAACAAACAGCCAUCGGAUAGACUCGGGGAGGACGUCUCAGAGUCUUACAAGGAAUUCACUGAGAGAUUGGCUAGCGUUGAGGAUCUAACCAAGGCAACAAUGAAGAAACUAAUUCAGGGAACGUCUGAGCACAACAAAGCCAUGUCGGCUGCCAAGACAGACAAGGAGAAGUCAAGCGUGAAAACGAAGAAGCAAAAUGCAACAACUGGACUUAGGACUUGCAAUAACAUAUUGGCAAUGACAAAGGUAUUGCAUGCAAAAGCGCCUUCGUUUAUAGGGGACAAGAGUGUUAGUCUUUCUUGGAAAGAAGCCACCAAGACGUUAGCCUCUACAACAACUGGAGUAAAACGGCCUGCAACUGGAGCGGGUAAUAAGUAAUAACGUGGGCGCAAAGAAGGGACGUGUGCCGAGUCAUCAGGUUGUUAAGAAAGCAUUUGAAGGAAUCUCAUACGGUGGUGGUAGAGGCAGUCAAAGAGGACAUGGCCGAGGACAGGGAAGACGCGGUGGUGGUGGUGGCCGUAGCCGGGGAAGAGGCUACUGGGGUAAUUUUCUUUCAGUGGAUAAAUACCCUAUGACACCCUCCCUUGAGUAUUUCUGUCUCUGUUUUGUCUAUACUUAUUUUGGCUUUUUAGAGGCGCCUCAGUCCUCUGACACUAGACGAACGAAUUAACCUUCUUUGGCUUUUACUUUUCAUGAGAAAGCAGGGUCCAAUCAGAACCAAAAGAGGUCGUUUUUUGAACAUCCCUUAAACUAUUUUUUGGGUAAAAUGUUUUCUUUGCCAUUAUAACAAGUUGAGAUCGUUCUCUGUGUUUGUUUUGGUUGUAACUCUUUCAUGUCUCGUCUCAGCACUCUUUGAGAUGAUCACAUGGAUCAUUCUUUCAUUCCUAGAUUUACAACUUACCUACUUGAUAGAACUUCCCACUUAUUUCACAAUGACACUGAUCAUCGAUGUAUCAUAUAUACUUCUUAGAUUAGAUAUAGUUGAACCAAUCAUAAAUAAGUCUAUACAGUUUGAUUGGCACCUUAUACCUAAUUAAAGUAAAAGUUCUUAGAAAUGUGAAACUAUAUAUAUUUUGAAACAAUAAAAUUAUCUCUAAAACAGUAAAACUACAUAUAUUGUGAAACGUAGAAAGUAUUAUCUUUUAUUUAAAUAAAACCUCAACUAAAUUUAAAGACUUCUCUUUAAAAUUGAAAGAUACACAAGUAUCAAAACUAUGCAUAAAAUAACAAAAACUAAUGUAAGACAUAAAAUUUACAAAAUAAUACUAUAUAAAAAUAUAUGCAAAAUAUAAGUAAAAUAUAACAAAAAUAAUCAAAAUUGUUUAUGAUGUCUUGUAUCUCUCUUUAAUUGUUUUUGCAAAUGGAAGACAAAUCCUGUUCGAUUCUGAAACUUUCGAGAGGAUGAAACAGGACUGGGUCCUGCGACCAACCCAGUCCCCGAGAAGGAGAUGUUGCGGACUAAAGAGGUGGACGCUAGGAGUCGUGAGUAAUGUGAUACUCAUGACGGUUCUAGCGAAGACGCUUCCAUAGCACCAGAAACUAUCAUAGCAUCAGGACCCAUACAUCAACGCCUUGAGAAAGGCGUUGAUGUUUUCCAACGCGCAUCGCUAUAAGUACUUUAUUAAUUUGUUUGUUUUUGAUUCAGAUUUGAGUCUAUGCUAAAAACAAUAAAAUUAUCUCUAAAACAGUAAAACUACAUAUAUUGUGAAACAUAGAGAGUAUUAUUAUUUUUUACAUAAUUCUCAACUAAAUUUAAAUAUUUAUCAUUAAAUAUAAAAGUUACACAAGUAUGAUAAAUAAGUAUAUGCAUAAAAUAACAAAAGCUAAUGUAAGACAUAAAAUUUGCAAAACAAGUAUACUAUAUAUAUAUAUAUGAAAAAUAUAAGCAAAAUAUAAUUAAAAUAAUUAAAAUGAUCUUUGAUGUCCUCUUAAUAUUGUGGGGUUCAUAUAUUUUUUUAUGCAAAUAUAUCCAACAAUGUUUAUAUAUAUCAUUCCAGAUAUAUAAAGCCAGCAAAAAAAAAAAAAUCAAAGAUAAAAAUUCAAAUCUAAAACAAAAGAGACAAAGUAAUCAAUAUAAAUAAUUAUGUUUCAAAAUGUUAAUAUCACAUCAAAUAUAUUUAUAACAUUUUAAAAAUAUUUUUAUUGUAAAACAUGACAUCAAAAAAAAAAAAAAAAAACAUAAGAUAUGCCAUUCUCUUCCAAAGUCUUACUAACAUUUUCAUUUUUAAUGGUUUCUUGUUUCUUCCUGGCCUUGCAGACAAACUUUUUCUGAUAUUAGAUUCUACUCUGUUUUAGUUACUUGAAUCUUUGUUAAGAUAAUGUUUGAAUCUAGCAAUCAAAUCUUCAUUUUUUAAACAUGAGGUUGUUCAAGUUCAACUAUCAAAUUUACCUUGAUGUUCUGGUAAAUGAACUGAAUAGUUCUUCUUAGUAGGGAAACACCUUAUUUCAAACUGAAGUUUUUUCGUCGUAUUUUCUUUUACGAAUUACAUAUUUUAUUGCGAAGUGAAGAUAAAUUCAAAAAAAUAUAUAAACUUUUGAAGUUAUGCUUAAAUUUAUAUUUACCAUAGCAGUCGCCAGUCGACUGUUUAAACAACUAGUAUGACAUCAUUGUUCAAAGCGACAACAUUUAGCUAAAAUUAAAUUUCGUUAUUCUUGGGAGUUGAACCCGGUUAAUGUAUGUCACACAAAAACACCUUAACCAAUUAAACAAAGAACCGUAUUGUAUAAAAAAAGGUAAACACUAAAUCAUAUUCCCUCCAUAUUUAAAAUAUAUGAUGGUUAAGAAAUUUUUUGAUGUUUUAAAAUAGCUCUUAUUUUUAUACAUUUAAUAUAACUCUUAAUUUUAUCAAAAAAUCUUUGUAACAAGAUAUUUUGUGGUCUAUUUUGUAACUGACUAAAUAAUUUUUAAUUUAGAUUUUAACUUACUUUUUAGAUAAGAUAAAAAUUAUUUAAUAAUUGUGAACUGAUCUAAAACACCAAGUAUUUUGAAACAUAAGAAGUAUAUAAUAAAACACCUAUUUUCUUUAAAAUUUGAUAAAUAGUAAAUAAUAUGAUAAUUAUUAUAUAUUUUAUAAAUAGUAAUUAUCUUAUCUGUGUCAUAUAAAAUCAGCGGCGGAGCCAUUUUGGGUUGACGGGUGUCAGUUGACCCCUAUGAAAAUCUAUAAAAAAAAUUAGGUUUAGGCUUGUUUUUGGUGUUGUUCUUGUGGUGAGAUGGUCAAAAUUUCUUCCUAUGAGAAAUAUUACAAGACGAUUCUAUAGUCGGCAAUUCUACAUGUCUUAUGAGGAUUUACGCAUGACUGCAUCAUCCUGAGCCGUCCUAUGAGAUCCAUGCCUUGACGGUACUCUUUGCGCCAUGCCGAAGAUAUCCUAUAUGCUUUUCUCCAUAAAUCUGCAUAAUUCGACUUUGCUGGGAUUCGAAACCCAGACCUCAUGGUGUAAAAACAUUAAUGAACCCUUAGUUAAACCGCUGGACUAAGGGGCUUCCACUGGACUAGUCAAAAUUUCUUCCUUUGACCCCAUAUCUUGAGUUCAAGACCCAUGCACGACUCUUUUCGUCUAAUAAAAUUUUUUGACCCCUAUAAAAUCUAUAUCUAGCUCCCCACUGGUAACAAGCACCUCUCUUUGAGGAGCCGGUGCCGGUCACACUCUAAUGCGACAAAGUUAGAUCCCGGUAAUGCCAAAUUUAUAGUAAGAGAAGACCAUUUGGUUUAUAUAAUCCUAGCUAGAUUCCUCGUACUUAAAUAGUUCUGAAUCCUACUUUGCAACUUGAUGUCACACAGAUUUCUUUCAGUGGCACGUCUGGUCCUGCACCACUUCUCUCUUUCUAGCCUAUAUCGUUGGCAUGGACUCCUUGUCUAAGAAGAACCCGAUAUUGACAAUUAUCUCGGAUAAUUUUGACAAGCAACAAGUGUUACUCACUCUUGAACCGGCCAUGAUUAAGAUGACUUUAACCAAAUAUGUUUGUCUGCACCUUACGAAUUCAUUGCAUGUGCAGAUAUUCUCAUCUGCUAUGCUUUCCAAAUUUCCAUGUCUUCUCCUUGGGAUCUUUGUUGAUAGUGUAUGAGUUUAACCAAGUAGAGUAUGUAUGAGUGGAAAAAGAGGACUCACAAUGUACUUCCAGAAAGACAGAGUUGAGGAAGCAAAAAAUACCAACAAGAUGAUUUUAUCAAAACUUAUGAUGCAAAACGACAAGUCGAAUUGAAAAAAAAAAUCAAUUUGGUCUGCUUUUAAACCAGCCAAUACUAUUCUAGGCUAGUAUGUGCCACCUCAGCACCCAAAGCUAAGUGAACCGAAAUCAGAUCCGGUUAUGUAGCAAUUAACCAGAUUGAGAAUGUUCAUGUAUGAAAUUCAAAAUAAAAAAGUUAGUUCGUGGUGCUUUUGGCUCGAUCCAAUAGUUCAUGUAUGGAGCAAUAGAGAUGUCAAGUUCAUAGUGAAAUAUGCCGUUUUCCCUCUGACCAAGCUAUCAUUUAACUAAAACGUGGCAAGUCUUAUAUAUGCAUUUUUUGAUAAGGUGUAAGUAGCCGUUAAGUUGGUGAGACAUUACGGUAUAAUAAAGGGAUUAAACCUAGCAAGAUGAGUUUUGACUUUUGUUUUACAGUUUAUGCGAAGAUAAAUCGAAAGUAAAUGGUAUGAUGAAAAGAAAUGAGCAUCACAGAAUAAGAAUUUGGAAGAAGUAGAACAUAUAUAGUGGAAACAAAGGUAUUUAUUCCUUCUUUGCCAUUAUCCCAUUCUUUAAGUUCCACCUCCUUUCAUUUACAAUACAGCAAAAACAAAAGAAUAACGAUUUUAAAAUUAGUAACAACGACAUUUGUCCUCCACUUUGUGAACCAAGAUUAUUUUGAAUAUAUUCUUUUCUUUUUUUCAUUAUUGUUAGCGACUAGAAACAAACAACAAACUAUAUCGUUGAUUCCCGUAAGUUGCUAAUCGCUAACUUUUCAUCAGGUUGAUUCACAUGUUGAGCUGAGGAAAUAAGAAGUUAGUUCAACCGAACUUAAAAGUAAAAGUCAUGAACAAAUUUUUAUAUACCAAACUUGGCAGUGGUCUGUGUUUGCACUAGCAUUUAAGGCUGUGAAAAUGAGAUUUGCUGAUUCACACGUUAAAAAGAAAGAAGAAGUUACUUCAACAGAACUUAAAAAGUCAGUGGUCAUACGAGUAAAUCUUUAUAAUAAUCAUCCGCUAAUAAUAGUAAGAGUGGUGACAUUCACGUUCUUUAUAAUUCAGACUCGAUAAUUAAUUAAGUCAAUUUCUUAAUAUUCUUUUUCAAUGACCCGGGGUAUCAGGAUCGAAGCCUAACUAAUCCUUAGAUGAACAACAUCAACGAUUAGUCCGGUCCCAAUUUUUUUUAAUGAGGUUUAAGAUAUAUUUUCAUCUAAUUGAACAGCAAUAACUUAGUUUGCAAUAAAACUAAACUCAGGAUUCUGAGAGGUUUACGUCUUGUCCCAAUCAAUCCUUACCACUACUGCAUGGUUAAUAUUUAUCUCAACUAAACACUCUAGAAAGAUCACGUUCCAUCACUUAGUUUCUGUGUGUAUAUAUGCGCGUAUGAAGAGAAGGAUCCGACCAAACUGCGCACUAAAAAACUCUGUUUCAAGCUUACUUCCAUGGCACGUCUUUCUCUGUUUCUGUCUUUUCUCUUUAUAACAGCUUUGAUCUCUUCCGUAAACGGUCGUGUUUUAAAUUCUUUGUCUGCGGAUAAAUCAAUCUUGCUCUCCGAUGGAUCUCAAGAAGGAUCCAGCUAUGAAAUUCUAACUCUCGAUCCGCCAAAUCGCCUUUCCAAGAAUGCUUGUGUUCAUGUCUACGGGUUUCUGCCAUGUGCAGACAAUGUUGCAGGAUACGUCUUCCAAGUUUUCUCCUUUGGUUGUCUAUUGAUCAUCGGCGAAAACUUCUUGUCUGAAGGAAGGACUAAGCUCUUUGUCAUCUUCGAGGUCGGUUUCUACGGCGGAAUUGUGUUCCCUCUCCUUACAAUGUUCACAAGAAUAGCUCUUAUUCUCUCGAGUGGACUAACGGGAAGCCGUGAGAUUGCAAACUCAAUGGUGGAUAAUAACGUUGGAGUUACUGUGGCAUACACUGUCUUUGCUUUGACUAUGCAGUGGGGAUCUUGUGUUGUCUUUGGUUUGUCUGGUUUGGGAUCAGAUCAGUCCAUAAGAAAAGGAGAAGUCCAGAGAAUCUCUUCUGACACAACGAUGCCAAGACGACAACUGAUAAUGAAGAUCGUUGCUGAAGCUGGCGUAAAAGCAGAUCCCAAGAACAAGAAAGCGGCAGGGAUCAUGCUCCUGACUUUAUUGCCUUUCGUCAUGGUCACACUUUCAGAGAUAUUUGAUUCCAAAUCUUGGAAAGAUCGUAUAGUUUUGAUCACUCUAAUAAUCUCUGGUUCUGCAACUGUUGUCUACUUUCUUUAUUCGUAUUUUGAUACAGCAGACCAACAGAAGAGCUUAGAUCGCGCAAGGUUUGAGCUCAUGUCAGAAGUACAUAAGCAUUUGCAGAAUUUUUCACCUCAAAGCUUUAUUAAAAAUGGACAACUAAGUAAAGAGAGCUUGCACAGAUUGUUUGAAAAGAUAGAUGUAAACAAAGAUGGAAAAAUCCAAGUGUCAGAGCUUAAGGAUCUGACUGUGGAGUUUGGAAUGCUAGGACGAAUGAAGUGUGACAUACAUGAGCUUGCUACAACAUUGCUUGUUGAUUUUGAUAGCGAUAGUGAUGGUGAGAUAGAUGAGAUUGAAUUUGAGAAAGGGAUCUCAAGAUGGCUCAAACAGUACAAGUUUAGUUUCGAUAGCACCGAGUGUCAAAGAGAUAACCGAGCUGAGGAUAGAGUUUUGAAGAUGGAACAACCAAAGGAAAGUCUUGUAGCUAAGUUGCUCUCCCAGAGAACCAUGAGAGCUACAAUUGAAGUUAUUGUAGGGAUUUUAAUUGUCCUAUUUCUUGCAACGCCUUUCAUGGCGAACAUCGAGCUUUUGUCUAAAUCAGCUGGAGUUCCUUCCUUCUAUGUUGUCUUUGUAGUGAUCCCUUUGGCAAGAAACCUAAGAAACGCUUUGUCUGCUCACUUCUGUCGCAAGAAAGACAAGGCUAGAGUUACAUCAGAUACAUUCUCUGAGAUAUACAAGGAUGUUACGAUGAACAAUCUGCUGGGAAUUUCGAUUAUAUUAGCGAUUGUAUACACAAGAGGAUUGACUUGGGAUUACUCUACUGAAGUUCUGAUUAUUGUGAUAGUUGGCCUCAUAAUAGGCGUACCGGCCUAUGUUAGAUCAACUUAUCCGUUUUGGAUAUGUGUCUUGGCAUUUGCUCUCUACUUCUUUUCACUUGUCCUCGUCUAUCUUCAUUUUAAUUCUCGAGACAAGAACGGAACGCUCACCUCUAACAUAUAGUCACUGAAUGUUUCCAAGUUUUUUCUCUCUCUGAAGAUUUUGUGCUUUUCUUCCCUUUAAAUUCACAGUAAGUAUUUUUAAAGUUCCGUCUGCGUUGUAUGUUAACGAGCUCUAUGGUGUUAAAACAUUUCGACAUAGAAUAAUGUUUCAGACUUUGUUGAUAUGAAUAUCUAUCAACGUUUGCGGAAAUUUAG